AUGUGGAUGUCAGUGUUAAGUUACCUAUCCUACCCUGUUGCUGUACUGUCUGGGAUUCUAGCGAUGUACCUAGGCCUUGUAACGACAUCAUUACACUUGGCCCAAGCUAUUGUGAGGAUGCUGGCAAUCAUAAAGGUUGGUUAUAAACAGGUUGAUAUUGGAGUUGCUGGUAUAAUCUGUACACCUGAACGACUAAGUUUUGUUGGAUAUAUGAAUGCCUUGAUUUUGCCUAAUUUCCGGGGUUGGAUUACAAAGUAUCCAGAGAAAAAAUCUCCUUCUGGAAACAUUAUAAUGAUAUUUGACUCCUACACUUGGAUGCUAAUUCUCAUAAGCUUAAUAGUAGCUAGCCUUGUUAUGUUACUUAUUUCAUACGUGCUGAGAGCUAUGGGCUUUAAAAAGCUGGACAACGUGUUGGUUGUUCUGAUGCCUUUCUCUUUACUAAAUGCUGAAGCUAUGCCAGAUUGGUUUUUAGAUUCUAAUAAACGAGUUUAUUCGGGAAGUAUUUUUCUGCUAACUUGGGCUUUAGCAUCAACAAUCCUAACUUUUGGGUUUUCAAGUAUACUCAGAGCUAUACUACUGGCCCCCUCCUGGGAACCAUAUAUGGAUACAAGUGUUCAAAUUGCAGAAAGAAAAAUGACCCUUCUUUGGCACUUUAACUGUUAUGUAAAAUAUGACUCAAGGUUGACAUCUCAUAACCCAGCUGUCCCCAAAAUUAUUAACACGGCUGUUUUCUGCGAGACAAAGGAACAAGUAUUGAACGCAAUUGCUGAACAUGGAAUUGAAAACAUAGUAUUUGACGAAGGCCAGGAGCACAACAUGAAUAUUAUGGAGAUGUUCCCCGAAGUAAAGUUCUAUGUAUCUAAGGAAAAACUGGACAAGGAUCAAACGUUUUGGAUUAUACAGAAGAACUCUAUUUGGUUUGAACUGAUGAAUAAUCAUGUUCUGAGGUGUAAUCAGGCUGGGUUUGAAACUAUUGCUUUGAGAAUAUUGGAUAGUGUUCAUAAAUCAGAAGGGAGUUAUGAUCUGGAAAAGCUGAGUUUAGAGCACGUGGCAGUUGCAUUCUAUAUCCUCGGUCUUGGGCUUGGAUCUUCUAUUCUAGUUUUUCCAUUGGAGUUGCUCUUUCAUAAGAAGGCUAGAAUUAUAUAAAAGUUGUUUAAAUAUUAUAUAAUUUAUAUUAUAUAAAUAAAUCUAACAACAAUA